UUCGUGUCUGUAUCAUUAUAUAUUGUAUCCUUCUCCUUCUAGAACAGAAACCUCAGGCCACACCUUACUGAUACCCUUCAUCCUCAGAUGGCUUAGUAGUCUUGCAUCGAAAAAAAAUUAAAAAAAAUAAAAAUAAUAUAAGGCAAAUACAUUUGUUUCUUUUCACUAGCGAGCAUAACUAUAAAUGGAAUCGUGAAGRCAGCUGUAGCAGGGGGGACUGUCGUCGCUUGGGCUGCUGGAAGUGCAUACUUUCUAAGCCGCUAUAGGGAUGAUCCUGAAACAGUGAUACGUCUUGUCCAAGGGGCUAUUAUACCAGCUUCCUUGGCCACCGGUGCGGUUGCUUGUGUUCUUGCUAUUCUACCAGGCUCAUUCAAAAUAGUAGUGGAGAUUGGUUCCUUACAAGGCUUGGAAUUGCUUUGGAAAAGGUACGCGGAGGGACAACUUAGGGAGGAUCUAAAGGAAGCGAUUGUAACCGACGAACGCAUUAAGAAAAUGGAAAGAAAGUUAGAGUUAUCUGUGACGAUUUCUGUAGAUGAUUAUAAAAAAGCAAGCGAUCGUCUAAAAGGAUAUCAUAAGGGUGGUAUAGAUGAAAGUUUUAUUUACAUGUAUAAGGCCAUCGAAGCAGAGAAUGUAGAUACAGUCAAAGAAUUGGUCGAUGUAAAUGCUUCCGAUGGCUACGGAAGAACUCCGUUAUGGUACAGUGUUGGAAAGAGGUUGGCAAUCACGGAAGCUCUUAUAAAGGCUGGUGCAGAUGUGAAUCUUGAAGACAAAUCCAAGGAAACGGCGCUAAUGCACGCUUCUAGAAUGGCAAGCUUAGAAGUUGUGGAAAUCAUUUUACGUUCCGGUGGCAAUGUUAAUGUUAAGAAUGAUGUUAAUCGUUUUGUGAAUUCAAUACANGCUUUAAUGUACGCAGCUGAAAACGGUGAACAAAAUGUUCUGGAAGCACUCGUCACUAGCGGUGCACAAUUGAACGCAGCAGACGAAAGGGGGAAGACGGCUCUAAUAAUUGCAGCAGCUUCAAAUCAUGUCACGAUUGUUAAUAAACUUAUAGCUGAUGGGGCCGACGUGAAUGUUGCCGACAAUGAAGGAAUGACUGCAUUAGCUUAUGCAGUAGGUCACCAAAAAGGUUCCACUCGCGUUCUAUUAGCUGCAGGUGCAGAUGUCAAUGUUUCAGAUAACAAAGGGAGGACAGUGCUAAUGCUUGCAAUACAAAGUCAGCAUUUAGAAAAGAAAUGGAUAUUCGCCAUUUUAGAAAAGGUCUCAGAUUUACAUGCUCGCGAUAGCGAAGGGAAAACAGCUCUCAUGCUGGCCGCAAAGUUUCACGACAGUUUGCUAGUUGAAAGGCUUCUCAAAGCUGGUGCAAAUCCUAAUGUUGCAGACGAAGAAGGGAAGACAGCUUUGAUGCUUGCGGCUGAGAGCAAUCGUUACUCGUCUGUUGUGCAAAAGCUAAUAGACUAUCAUGCCGACGUUAACUCGGUCGACAAAAAAGGAAAGACGGCUUUGAUGUUUGCAGGUAGCAAUGUGAAUUAUGGAGUUGCACAGACACUGAUUAGAAAUUGUGCAGAUUUGCAUAUCAAAGAUAAAGAAGGGAGAACAGCAGUAAUGAUCGCGGCGAUGGCUUCAAACGUUGUUCUUUUACAAAUCUUCAUAGAUUCCGGUGCACUUGUGGAUAUUUCAGAUAACUUUGGGAGGACGACUUUGAUGUAUUCAACAAGUCAUUUACAUGAAAAGGUACUCCAGAUUUUGUUGCAGUGUGGUGCAAAUCCUAAUGCUGUGGACACAGAAGGGAAUACUGCUUUAAUGCUUGCAGCCAACAAUCCAAAUGAAUUGGUUGUACAGGGUUUGAUCACAAGUGGCGCUGACGUUAAUUUAGCAAACAAAGAUGGAAAAACAGCACUGAUGUUAGCAGCGAAAGAAAACCCUAAUCCCAAAGUUGUAAAAGCGCUGAUUGACGGAGGUGCAGACACAAAUGCCACUGAUCGAGACGGAAAGAGUGCAAUUGAUUAUGCGUCUGCCAACGAAAACGAAGCUGUGCUCGAGGUUUUCAAUGAUUGAAUAGAUUCGUCAUUUUAUGACUUUGAACACGUACUAACUUUUCCUUUAAAGAGGGAAACGGUUUGGAAACCUUUUGUUGUACUUCAUCUUUUGUAUGUAUUUUAA